GUGAGCGUCAGCAUUAGUCGCCAGGCAGCCAGGGCUCCUUGGGCGAUCGCCCCGGGUGGAGGAGAGGAGUUUCCGGGGCUCGGGUCCCGGUCGCUUUCCAGGGGAACUAGCGCGGAAGCAAGUGGGCGGCGAGAGGCGGAGCGAGGGACGCGGGGGGCGUGGACACAGCCGGCUUUGGAAAGGCCCCAAGUUAAUGAGGCGUGCGCCGGCUGCCGAGCGCCUCUCGGUGCUGGGCUUUUCCCCGCGGUGCGGGCGCCAGGAGCCGCCUUUUCCGCUGGGUGUCACUCGGGGGUGGGGAAGAUGGCCCAUUCAAAAGCGCCGCGAGGGGGCCAAGCCAGUGCCCUUCAGUGAGCGCUCGCAAGAGGACGGCAGAGGCCCGGCGGCUCGCAGCUUCGGGACCUUGUGGCGCAUCAGGACGCGGCUGUCCCUCUGCCGGGACCCAGAGCCGCCGCCGCCGCCGCUGUGCCUCCUGCGUGUUAGCUUCCUCUGCGCGCUCCGGGCAGGCGGCCGUGGGAGCCGCUGGGGUGAGGACGGCGCGCGGCUGCUGCUGCUGCCCCCCGCCCGAGCGGCUGGAAGCGGAGAGGCCGAGCCUAGCGGCGGCACCGCUUAUGCUGGCAGGAUGCUGGAGAGCAGCGGCUGCAAGGCUCUGAAGGAGGGCGUGCUGGAGAAGCGCAGCGACGGGUUGUUGCAGCUCUGGAAGAAGAAGUGCUGCAUUCUCACCGAGGAGGGGCUGCUGCUCAUCCCGCCCAAGCAGCUGCAGCAGCAGCAGCACCAGCAGCAGCAACAGCAGCAGCAACAGCAGCAGCAGCAGCAACAGUCCGGGCAAGGGCCGGCGGCGGAGCCGUCCCAACCCAGCGGCCCCGCUGUCACCGCCCUCGAGCCGCCGGUCAAGCUCAAGGAAUUGCACUUCUCCAACAUGAAGACGGUGGACUGUGUAGAGCGCAAGGGCAAGUACAUGUACUUCACUGUGGUGAUGGCAGAGGGCAAGGAGAUCGACUUUCGGUGCCCUCAAGACCAGGGCUGGAACGCGGAGAUCACGCUGCAGAUGGUGCAGUACAAGAAUCGUCAGGCUAUCCUGGCGGUCAAGUCCACGCGGCAAAAGCAGCAGCACCUGGUCCAGCAGCAGCCCCCACUGGAGCAGCAGCCGCAGCUCCAGCCCCAGCCCCAGCCCCAACCCCAGCCCCAAACCCAACCCCAACCCCAGCCUCAGCCUCAGCCCCAGUCACAGCCCCAGCCACAGCCCCAACCUAAGCCUCAGCCCCAGCAGCCCCACCCGUAUCCGCAUCCACAUCCACAUCCGCACGCUCAUCCGCAUCCGCACCCGCACCCGCACCCGCAUCCGCGCCAAGUACCGCACCCGCACCCACAGCCGCACUCGCAGCCGCACGGACACCGGCUUCUCCGCAGCACGUCCAACUCCGCCUGAAGGGGGCAGCUCCCGGGCCAGACAAGGUUUUGAGGACUUGAGGAAGUGGGACGAACACAUUUCUAUUGUCUUCACUUGGAUCAAAAGCAAAACGGUCUCCCCGCCCCGCACCAGAUCAAGUAGUUUGGACAUUACCCUACUGAAAACUUGCGAUUCUUCUUAGUUUUCUGCGAUGCAGGAAACGAUUUCAAGUCAAGAAGACUUUAUUUAUGAACCUUUCAAAGGAUCUUCUAGCACGGUGAAUUUUAUAGGAGGGAUGAUGUACUGUAAUUUUAUUUUAAUGUAUUUUGAUUUAUGGUUAUUUAUUAGUUUUUUUAAAUGCUUGUUCUAAGACAUUUCUGAAUGUAGGCCAUUUGUCAAAAAGGAAACAUUAUUUUCAAAAACCUAUUCCAUAGUAAGUCCUAAUCUCGGAAAAUAAAAAAGGGCGGUGGAGGGAAAAAUAUUAAGAAUCUAUUCAUUAUUCCUAUUUUCAGAAGGUCUGACAUUUUUCAUUGUUAUGCCAGGUGGUUGAAAUUAAACUCUGAUACUACUUUUUUUGAGUUUUUUUUUUUUUUCUUUUUCCAUAGACAUAGAGUUUGUAUGGAAGUUUUAAAAAGCUAAAAGUUCAAAAUGGUGUAAUUAUGAAAAUCUAAUGCUCGAGAUAGUUUCUAAAAGGAAAUCAGUGAGGAUACCUGAUUUCAAAAUAUUUAAAACAUAACCUAACUGAUGGUAGGAUGAUUAUAUCUCGAAUAUGUGGUAGGGUCACAUCUACUAUAGGAAAACCUAGCUUAUAUCAUCUGUGUGUAAAGGGCUUAAUAAGGAGAUGAGGACUUUUGACUGAUUUAUGAGUAUAAGUACGUUUGCUGUUUUAUUUCAAAAGUGUUGUGGAGGAAAAGAGUAGAUUUAACUUGUGUAAGAGAAUAUUUGUGCUCCUGUCCAGGCUGGGGGACCUUUCUCUGAGAGCUUUGCACACUUGACUUGAACUACAUUUUCUGAUCCCUUUACUUUGUUUUAGAAACACACUGAAAAAUCUCAUUGUUUAAAUUACAAUUUGUAGAUAUUUCAAAGGUCUAGGAGUCAUAACUUUUUGUUUUCUUACGGAAAAUGAUGUUGAUCAGAGAAAUCAACUGUUUUGCUUUUCAUUGCUCGGUGAGAAACGUGAUGAUUCUGUUUUGUUGUUAGGUUAGUUAAACUCAGAGAUUGAAAAGGAAAAGACUCGAUAAACACAGGAUUUUCAGUAAGAGGACAACCCCAGUCUUGUCUUAGAAGCCACUUGCUGAGGAGUCCGGGGGGAAAAAAAAGAGGAUGCGCUUUUAAAGGUAGAACAAACCUUCUUCUGUGUUAAAUCAAAAGGAUGGUCAAAAUCCACCAGGGCAGAUGCUACUUAAGUUUAAAUGGAGCCAUAGAUGAGACCAAGUCCUCUUGGGGCUGAAAAUCGCUUCCUAUCUGCAUGGCUUUACUAACUGGUUUCUGUUUUCCAUUAUCUUUUUCACAGAAAGUCUUGGUCAGUACUUUUCCGGCAUUUAAAUGGAAAUGGUCAGUAUCAGACCACUGCUAGGUUAUGUAGCCAAGAAAUAAAAAACAGAAUUGUAUGC